AUGGGUAUGGGAGCUGGGGUUCUGUGGGAGUGGGGUAGAAAAAACCAUAGGAAGGGGACGAUGGGUCUCGAUGGGGAAAUGGGGGAGGUGAAGAAAUCAGUGGGGGGAAGGGGUGGGUUGCGGGGAGAGGAAUGGGUUGUGGGUUGUGGAUUGUGGGUUGGGGGGAGGGAGGAGGACAGAGAAGAAAGGGAUGGAUUUGGUGCGAGGGAGAAGAGUUUGAGCUGGAUGGUGUCAUGGGAUGAAAGAGCUGAAGAAGGAGCUGCCAUUGCCAUGAAGGACUAA